CGAACUUUUCUAUCUACACCUUUCUCUACUUGACCUAUUUCACUACGUAUCGGCCUGUUUCUGGUCGAUUUUCACUGGGAGCUUCAAGCUACUUGUAGCAAUGGACUCGACGUUCAUUGGUACUCGAUCAAUACAGCCUCUAAAGAUCUCUGGUACCGGUAGGUAUGUAUAUACUAUGGGGGUAUCUGAGGUAAUAAUAGUUACCCAUGCUUUUUCCCUGUGUUAAAGACCCACUUUAUAAGUAAACUAACUUGAACAUAUCGGGCUCGGUUAUAAUCCUUCCCCAUGCUCUUCAUUCAUAUUCUCGCUCUAGGGAUAUCGUGCAUUAUUGCCCUGGUUGUCGCUUCGGGUCUGACUCGCAGACGUGUCUACCCUAUACCUCUGCCGCCUGGCCCUCGUCCGUUACCAUUCUUGGGCAACGCGCUGCAGUCGGAUACUAAACGACCUUGGCUCACAUAUAUUGAGUGGGGAAAGAAAUAUGGAAAAAUCAUUCACUCCCGUAUACUUGGCAUCGACUUGAUCAUUAUAAACUCCGAAACCAUCGCGCGAGAGUUGCUGGACAGGCGCUCUGCGAAUUACUCUACUCGCCCUGUUAUUCGCUCCAAUGAAUUAGCUGGACUGGCUUUUAAUACUGUGCUCCUUCCAUAUGGCGAGACUUUACGGCGGCAUCGCAAGAUCUUUCAUCAAGUCCUCAGGGCCGAAGUUUCGGUCUCAUACGACAAGAUGUAUUCUCGCCAUGCAAAUGAACUAGUCAUCAAUCUCUUAAAUCCCACUAGUGACUGGCAUCAACAUACUCGAGCAUACGCAGCAUCCCUAAUCAUGGCCGUGACAUAUGGACACCUUGCUGACGGACAUGAAGGCUCAUUUCUUACCCGCGCGCACGAACUCCUUGAUAUUGGCAAACACAUUGCUUCUCCCGAGAGGGCUGUAAUUUUCACAGCCUUUCCUUUCAUCGAAAAGUUGCCGUUUUGGUGCUUCGGUGGAACACUUGCCCUGAUGGAACGCAGUAGAGAAUUAUGUCAACAGCUUUUGAAUGAGCCCUUUGACGAAGUGAAGGCCCAGAUAGCAAAUGGUACUGCUUCACACUCAUUAGUCGCUGACUUUCUCAGUCAAGCCCACGACGACGCUGACGAAGACACGAUGAAGGCUGUUGCGUUGAUGGGAUACAUGGGUGGCAUAGACACUACUGCAUCCGCAUUGCAGAUAUUCCUUCUGGCUAUGGUGCUCUAUCCUGACGUCCAAGCCCGAGCUCGUGCAGAAAUCAAUCAAGCUGUGAGGCAUGAUGAAAUGCCGUGUCUUGAUGAUAGGGCGUCACUGCCCUACCUUGAUGCCAUUCUACGCGAGGUCCUGAGAUGGCAUCCUGUCAGUCCCUUAGGAGCUCCACAUGCGACAUCAAAUGAUGAUGUUUACGGCGGAUACUUUAUACCCAAAGGUGCGAUAGUGAUGGUUAAUCAGUGGGCACUGUCUCGGGAUGAAGACAUAUUUCCUGAUGCAUCGCGCUUCGAUCCUAGCCGCUAUCUAACAAUUGACGGGAAACUGAAGGACCCUUUCGUCAACCAUUUCGCCUUUGGUCAUGGCAGGCGUAUUUGUCCUGGUCGUUGGUUUGCAGAGAACAGUCUGUGGACUGCAGCUGCUGCCAUACUCGCCGUCUUGCGCAUCGAUCAUGCCAAAGACUCAAAUGGAGACAGGAUCGAGGUGAUGCCAGAGUUCAGCACCGGCUUGGUGAUUCACCCUGAACCAUUUCACUGCUCGUUUGAAAGCGUGAACACAGCGAGAGAAGGACAUCUUCGAGCGAUGAUGAAUUCAAAAGUGCGCUGGAUGGCAAGGUUUUGCGGCCUCUGUUUCUGACGAACAAGAGAACUGCUUUCGAACCCAUUGGCUCUUCAGAAACCAGAUCCUUUUCCAAAUUCCAGUGACCCGGUGCAACCAAGCUACACACCGUUGGUUGGUUCACAUGGGCCCAUCCCCGUUGCAACGUUGGCCUACCUGAAUAUCGGUCGACAAUAAUCCAUGCACUCGU